GUGAGGUCUGCCAUAAAUCCUAUACUCAGUUUUCAAACCUUUGUCGUCAUAAGCGCAUGCAUGCUGAUUGCAGAACCCAAAUCAAGUGCAAAGACUGUGGACAAAUGUUCAGCACUACGUCUUCCUUAAAUAAACACAGGAGAUUUUGUGAGGGCAAGAACCAUUUUGCAGCAGGAGGAUUUUUUGGCCAAGGCAUUUCACUUCCUGGAACCCCAGCUAUGGAUAAAACGUCCAUGGUUAAUAUGAAUCAUGCAAAUACGGGCCUUGCUGACUAUUUUGGAGCCAAUAGGCAUCCUGCUGGUCUUACCUUUCCAACAGCUCCUGGAUUUUCUUUUAGCUUCCCUGGUCUGUUUCCUUCAGGCUUGUACCACAGGCCACCUUUGCUACCUACUAGUUCUCCUGUUAAAGGACUACCGAGCGCAGAUCAGACAAACAAAAGUCAAAGUCCCCUCAUGACAAAUCCUCAGAUACUGCCAGCCACCCAGGAUAUUUUGAAGGCACUAAAUAAACAACCAUCAGUAGGGGAGAAUAAGCCAGUGGAGCUUCAACCAGAGAGGUCCUCUGAAGAGAGGCCGCAUGAGAAACUCAGUGACCAGUCAGAGAGUAGUGACCUUGACCUUGACGAUGUCAGUACCCCCAGUGGCAGUGACCUGGAAACCACCUCGGGCUCUGAUCUGGAAAGUGACAUUGAAAGUGAGAAAGAGAAAUAUAAAGAAAAUGGUAAAAUGUUCAAAGACAAAGUAAGCUCUCUGCAGAGCCUGGCUUCAAUAAAUAAUAAGAAAGACCACAGCAAUCAUUCCAUUUUCUCACCAUCCUUAGAGGAGCAGACUGCGGUGUCAGGAGCGGUGAAUGAUUCUAUAAAGGCUAUUGCUUCUAUUGCUGAAAAGUACUUUGGUUCAACAGGACUUGUGGGGCUGCAAGACAAAAAAGUCGGAGCCUUACCUUACCCUUCCAUGUUUCCCCUCCCGUUUUUUCCAGCAUUCUCUCAAUCAAUGUAUCCAUUUCCUGAUAGAGACUUGAGACCGUUACCCUUGAAAGUGGAGCCCCAAUCACCCAGUGAAAUAAAGAAGAUCCCAAAGGGAAGCUCUGAGUCUCCCUUUGACCUCACCAUAAAGCGUAAGGAGGAGAAGCCACUUACUCCCAUACCCUCAAAGCCAGCAGCCCCCUCUGCAGCAAGCCAGGACCAGCCUCUAGAUCUCAGCAUGGGCAGCAGAAGUCGAGCCAGCGGCACAAAACAAGCCGAACCUCGGAAAAACCACGUCUUUGGAGAAAAGAAAGGAGGCGACCUCGAGCAAAGGAAAGCUUCGGAGUCCUCCCUGCAGCACGCCAGGCCCACCCCAUUCUUUAUGGAUCCCAUUUACAGAGUAGAGAAAAGAAAGUUAACUGACCCACUGGAAGCUUUAAAAGAGAAAUACUUGAGACCUUCCCCGGGAUUCUUGUUUCAUCCACAAUUCCAAUUGCCUGAUCAAAGAAUUUGGAUGUCAGCUAUAGAAAACAUGGCUGAAAAGCUGGAGAGCUUUAGCGCCCUGAAACCGGAGGCCAAUGAGCUGAUCCAGUCGGUGCCGUCCAUGUUCAACUUCCGCGCGCCGCCGAGCGCCCUGCCCGAGACCCUGCUGCGGAAGGGCAAGGAGCGCUACACCUGCAGAUACUGUGGCAAGAUUUUCCCGAGAUCUGCAAACCUAACACGUCACCUGAGGACGCACACUGGAGAGCAGCCCUAUAGAUGCAAAUACUGUGACAGGUCCUUUAGCAUAUCUUCUAACCUGCAGAGACAUGUCCGUAACAUCCACAAUAAAGAGAAGCCAUUCAAGUGUCACUUGUGUGACAGGUGUUUUGGUCAACAAACCAAUCUUGACAGACAUCUAAAAAAGCACGAGAACGGGAACAUGUCUGGUACUGCAACAUCUUCACCUCACUCAGAACUGGAAAGCACAGGGGCAAUCCUAGAUGAUAAGGAAGACUCUUACUUCACAGAAAUUAGGAAUUUUAUUGGGAACAGCAACCACAACAAUCAAUCCCCCCGAAACUCAGAGGACAGAAUGAAUGGCAGCCACUUUAAGGAUGAAAAAGCCAUGGUAGCCAGCCAGAACUCAGAUUUGCUGGAUGACGAAGAGGCAGAAGAUGAAGUAAUGAUGGACGAAGAAGAUGAAGAGAGCGAAAUUGCAGGGAAAGCAGUCAAAGAGCCUGUUACAAGUGACAUGCACGAGGGGACCCCGGAGGAGGAUUACGAGGAAACGAGUACUUUGGACAUGAACUGCAAAGCUUCCCCUGGCAGGUAUAAAGAGGAGGAGUAUAAUAAGACUGGACUUUCGGCUUUGGACCACAUAAGGCACUUCACGGAUAGCCUCAAAAUGAGGAAAAUGGAAGAAAAUCAAUGUAGUGAAGCUGAAUUGGCAGCUUUCAAUACUUCCCAGCUGCCAGAGGACCUAAAACAACCGUUGUACAGGAAAUCCAAAUCCCAGGCGUACGCGAUGAUGCUCUCUCUCUCCGACAAGGACUCCCUUCAUUCUGCAUCCCACAAUUCUCCCAACAUGUGGCACAGUAUGGCGAGAGCCGCUGCAGAAUCCAGCGCCAUUCAAUCCAUCAGUCACGUAUGACAUUGUGAAGUCUUACCGAGAAUGGGACCAAGUCCAAACCAGUAGCAUGGCUCUUUCAUAUAUGACUAUUUAAAAGACUGCUGAGCAGAAUGCCUUAUAAAUCUGCAGGGUCACUCAUUUAAAGUCCGGUGACCUUAAACUGAAUAAUUUUAAAAAGAAAGAAACUAUUUAUUCUCAAUAUUUUGUUUUGCACAGCAAAGGCAGCUGCUGACUUCUGGAGGAUCAAUGCGACUUAAAAAAAAAAAAAAAAAAAAAAGUUUCAGUGGAUUAUGUAAAAGGAGGCCGGGAAAAAGUGUCUUCCAGUUCACCCGGCUUUGAGGGGCAGGGGCAAAAGGGUUAAGACUGCAUUGAUACACACAUGGGCACUCCUUUAAAGUAGGAACUGAAUUGAUUUUCUUUUUGUAUAAGAUAGUUUGACACAGGAUUGGGAACAGUUGCUUUUAUGUACAAAUCUCUUCAUUAAAGCUUUAUGCAUUUUAGCCCUUCAAAGAAAGAAAAUAGUUCUAUCAAAUGCACACUAUCCAUCGUAAAUGUAGAAAGAAGUACCAGGGAAUAUUUUGUUCUCUCCGUAAUUCUUUUGCCUUCUCAACUGCAUUGUUAAAAAAAAAGGAAAAACGAGAAAAAAAAAAGAAAGAAAAAAAAAAGAACUCUUGAGAAACAAUACAUAAGAGGCUUGUGUAUAUUGUAAACUAUGAAUGUUCACUACUCCAAGAAGCUAAAUCAUCCAGAUAAUUCCGUGAAAGCACCGCGUUCAUCGACAGCACCACUAUUUCAAAUCAUUGUAAGGAGAUUUUAAUUUUCGACAAUCAUGUCACUAUUUUGUUGUAUUGUUUCCUUUCCCCCCUACCCUCUAAUUUCUUCUUUGUGUUGUGUGUACCAUGUAUUUAUUUGUUGGCAAACGAUUGUUUGUUGAUUAAAAUAGCACUGUUCCUAUAACAAACAGCACUGCUCCAGUCCCCCACUGCGUUAUGAUGUAAGGCACCCAUGUACUUCAAAAAAAGUGAGGUGAACUGAUCUGUG